AGAGAAAGGAAACCCUAGCCCAGCGCCACACCCAACGGGGACCCCUUCUCUCUCCGUCGCGCCGCCGCCCCCGCAGGCCGCCGCAGCAGAAGCAAGCCUCCUCCGAUUCGCUCGCCCUCCGUCGAGACCAUGGCGACCUCCCCCGCUCUCCUCUUCCCUUCGACCUCUUCAUCCUCCUCCCCGUCCUCGGCGCGGGUCGAGGCGGUGGUGCUCUUCAACAUCUGCGACAGCUACGUGCGCCGCCCCGACCAGGCGGAUCGCGUCAUCGGCACCCUCCUCGGAUCCCUCCUCCCCGAUGGCACCGUCCAUGUCCGCAACUCCUACGUCGUGCCGCACAGCGAGUCCGCCGACCAGGUCGCCAUAGACAUCGAGUACCACCAUAACAUGUACGCCUCGCACCAAAAGGUCAACCCCAAGGAAGUUAUCGUUGGAUGGUUCUCGACUGGUUUUGGUGUUUCAGGGGGGAGUACACUUAUCCACGACUUCUAUUCAAGGGAAGUACAAAACCCCAUCCAUCUUACAGUUGACACUGGCUUCACUAGGGGGGAGGCUUCCAUCAAAGCCUACAUCUCAUCCAACCUGUCCCUUGGAGAUAGGCACCUCGCUGCGCAAUUCCAGGAAAUCCCUCUGGAUCUAAGGAUGAUUGAGGCGGAGAAAGCUGGAUUUGAGAUCCUGAAAUAUACAAUGGUGGAGAAGCUUCCCAAUGACCUGGAAGGAAUGGAGUCUUCAAUGGAAAAGCUUUACAUUCUUAUUGAUGAGAUCUACAAAUAUGUUGACGAUGUUGUGGAAGGACGUGUGGCACCUGACAACAGAAUUGGGAGGUUCAUCUCUGAAUCCGUUGCUUCAAUGCCAAAGUUGUCUCCAGCUGCUUUUGAUAAGCUUUUCAACGACAAGAUUCAGGAUAACCUUGCACUGGUAUACCUGUCAAGCAUCACAAGGACACAAAUCAGCAUAGCCGAGAAGUUGAACACUGCUGCUCAAGUCCUGUAAUUUCGGUGGCGUGGCAUCUGUGGAUGAAUUGAUGCAAUUUAUGAUGUUUUGGGCAUGUGCCCAGUUGGUGGCAGAAAUUCAAUUUUUGUUCUUGUUAAAUGAGAUCAGAAGGAAAGAAUCAGUCAAGAUGGGAUCCCAUAGUGCUAGUAGAGCGGCGGAGGCCGAGACGUUUCGUUUUGGAUAGUAUUCUGCUUCUAGUUGAGUAUUUGUAAUGCUUGUUGAUUUUAUGGCGAUACAGUUAAUGACUGCGUCGAACGCCAAUGUGAUCAAGAUAUGUGCUGCACAAUCGCCUCAUGUGUAGUGGAUCUGGAAUGAUGCUGUAUCUGCCUGUGCCGAACUUGGUGAAUGAUGUGUUGUCAGCUACUGUACCUGAGAUGCA